AUGGUUAUAGUAAAUAUAGUACAUACCAGUAUAAGAAACAAUGGAAAAAAUCUUGACCAUGACCAUAACGAAGGAGUUGGUGACAACGGACCGUAUUAUCACUAUGGCUAUAGUCAAAGCGAUAGUAAUUACGGUAAAGGUUAUCCUGGUUUCGCAAGUGGCCACCAUUAUCAUCACCAUGAGUUAAAUCAUGAUUACGCUGACCAUCAUCAUGGGUUGAUUACUGAAGUCGAAGCGUUAUUAGAACGAAAUUGCUACUCACAGGAAGAAUGUGCAUUGCCAUGGUAUAAAAGGCUAGAAAAUACGUUGGAAAGUUGCAGUUCUCACUUGACCGCUUUAUAUACCAUGAGAUACGAGGGAGACACGAGGAUCAAGGUCAGUAUCGCCUUGACCAUCACGUUGGCGCUCGGCCAUCGAUCACGAGCCGGCGUGAUAUCCCUGGAAGCGGAGGCUUUACACGGACAACAGGAUCCAGUGCAGCACAGUUCACUGGCCAACUCGUACCUGCAGUUUCACGGGCCCGUCGAGGGGCCAGUGUUUGAGGUGAAAGUACCGUACGCGGAGAAUCACGAGGACAGCUCGAACAAUUUGCACGGACACGAGCAACAGGAACACGGUUACGAGUUUGACUAUGUCGCGCAUCCGAAGUACGAGUUCUCGUACGGCGUCGAGGAUCAUCAGACUGGCGAUUUCCAUGCUCAGAAAGAAACGCGAGAUGGAAGCAGCGUGUCCGGCCAGUACAGCGUGAAGGAACCAGGUGGUAGCAUUCGAGUGGUCAGCUACCGCGCCGACAAGGAUGGAUUUCAUGCCGUGGUGCACACUUCCGGCAAGAACGACCACUCGGCUGAUAUCUACGUCGGUCAAGGCCAGCUUCCAGUUCACGAUCACCAAACUGCGGCGCAACAGGAACAAGACAUCCAAGAUUACGUCGCCUCGUACACCACCAACGAAGGAUAUUGAUCGUUUCGUGAUCGAUCGAUCGUUUAUCGUUUUGUACCUGUUCGUUACGCUUCGUUGUUUCAUGUUUUCACUGUACCAAAGGCUUUCAUCGUUGCUUAUCAUCCUGAAGAUUGCCGUGGAGAACGUUUAUGUUGUAAAUAUAGAACAUUCCUUUUAAUAAAACACCAUCGUAUCAGAGUGGAACGUUCUGAAACCAAUUCUCUUCGCGUUUAAUCCGCGCGCCACGGUAUGCUCCAUCAGGCAUCAUUUAUCCUGACAUAAAAUACAAGAUGUCAAAUGGAUAAAGCGUUACGUAAUUAUUUGCGAUCGAAAGGAAGGAUAGUCGUCACGAAAGGAGGUCGAUCGUCGAUGAAGCGCAACUCGGCUACACCCGUGCACAGUCAUACGCGGCACGUCGUUAAGGCGCGUCUCGUCUGAUCAAUUUGAUACCAACGGAACGUCGUUAUCGCGAGUGGAUAAAGACAAAAGGAGAAAAGGAGCGAAAUAGGGCGAGGGUGGUAGAACGGCCUGAGCGAAUAACAGCAGAGAAGAUAAAAGGAAGGCUCGUCCGCGCGCUAACAAUGCCUCGAAUGCAUGCCGAUAGAGGCAGAGGAGAGUGGAAACAAAAAGAACAGCGAACAGGCCGGCGAGUUGAUAAGAGCUGGUAAGAGGCCGGUGCCGCGCUAUGUCACCUUCUCUUGCGACUAUGUUACAUCGUUAAAUCGCUAACGAUCGAAUUAACUCCGAACUUUUGCGACCAGUGAAAUAUUUGGCACAGACGUCGAGUCAAGUCGAAGACGCGAAAGAAUGAAAUCUUCGCGCGUAAUCGCCCGGAUGACGUUAGAGUUGCGUUAACAACCGCACAAACAGUCAUAUGGAUUGCGGGAUAAGUUGAAUGAUUCGGUAACGUGGUUGUUUCUUGCGGAACUAGGCAGCUACUAAUUACCCACGGUAUCGUCGUAGCGCGAUCAUCCGAUGGGUCGCUGCCGGUGAUCGAACAUCGUCACACGAUUUCGCUACGAUGGCGCGCAAAAUACCAACUUCCUUUAACGUUGCAUCGUGUUAACAAAUUGCGGGAGUAGGGAGGGAGAAGGAGAGACGCUUGCGUGUCGCUCCUUCGCAGCACCGAUGCGGUUAAUGAAGUGUCAAUGUACUACGGAGCUCUCUCUUGCUCAACGGCAAACGUUAUCUCCGGACCGAAAACUACGACGUCGUUCGCUCGCUCUGUUAGAGUCUGAUUAUCGCCUUAGAUUUGAACAAACUUUGAUCGAACAUCAGGACAAUACAUCGUAAUUUUAACAAGACCCAGAUCCCAAUGAUUAGUUGGAAAUAGUGGUUCCUGAUCGACGGCAGCUUGGAUCUGCUUUGAUGAAAUCGCUCGAUCUAGGAGUUUGGACAAAUUUUGAUUCAUACCGCGUUGUCUACAUCCGAUUGGUAAUGCUACAUUGUAAAUUACUAUUUUUAGCCGACAAAUCAAUUUGACGCGAUAAAGCAAGAAAGAAAAGGGUUGGAACUAGAGUAAAUUUGCUAACUUUCCGCUAUGAAGCUAGUGUAAAUUUGCUAACUUUCCGCCAAAAUCAACGAAACGGAUCGACGCAAAUCUCUAUAAUUUUUGAAAAGUGAAUAUAUGUACUUACAUAGUAUUCCCAUACCGUGUAUGUAGAUAGUUCCUAAUUUCCUCUCCGACGGUAUCCGGUUAUCGACGAUAAUCGUUAUCGUGGAAUACAUCUGCCGACUAAGUUCUGGUAGAUUCCAAUUGAAACAUCGGGUAACAUUCGUACGAUUCGACACACAUAUAUAUAUAUAUCUCGACAAUUUUUCAAACCGAUACACGUGGAGUCGUUCUGUUGCAGGGUUCAUUAUUCCGUGUCAUUGUUCCGAAUAAAAUUCGUGGCCGGUCGAAUCGAUAAUCGUGCACACCAGUCGCGUGAAGCGCUUUCAUGUUUGCAGAACCUCGAUUAACGUAAGGCUCGUUUUUUUUUCACGUGGUUCGCUAGCAAACUAACGAAAACAAUGUGCGAUCUGUUGAGUAUCUUGAAUUUACAUUCGCGAACGAGAUUACGCAGGGCGACAAUGGCGAAUUCGCGGUGAUUUUCGGCGAUAACGGUGCCAAUAUUCCAACGUAAAUAUUCGCCAUGGCAAAACAUGGUCGUCUCAUGUUUCCGUAAUAAAUUUGACGACGCGCCACAGUGUGUUUAAUCGCAGAGGAGGAAUGUGGGUCAGCAGGAAGGCGAUGCGACUGCCUGAAAAAUCGUAUAAAUAUAUUAUUCAUAACCUUUUCAUUGGCUCGGUUUAUAUGCUCACCGAUCGAACCAUGAAGUUAAUCGAGAAACAUUGUGAGCGCUGUGCGACAUACAUUGCGUAUGUUCUAGAUUGUCGGCUACCAGAAAAUAAUUAAUAAGAAAAUCGAGUAUUAUUACGACUACUGACGACCGAUGAUUCUGGUAUAUUCAUCGUGUAGAAUCCAACGAAUACACGACUCUGCAAUUUAUUACUACAUUUGUAUACAUUUAGUAAAUAUGUUAGCUUGCCAAAUGGUCGGUUACUGUUCCAUUUGUUUAACAUUCGGGGAUUGAAAUAAAUAAUGUUUUACAUUGUGAGGGUAGGUAUACAUUCGAUUCUCUCUUGCAGACAAUUUAACGUUUAUUUUAGAGAAAACUUACAAACCUAUUUUUACACGAUAUAGUUUGAAUUAACACGACUCAAACGUCAUUCCUAAGAAAAAUUCUAUUUGAAUUGAAUUCCUUGUACUCGAAGCUUUCUUUUACACUCCAAUUUUGAAUUAUACUUUUCUGAGAUCUAGUUAUCGGCUGUCAUUUCUCUUUCAUUUUAUUCUCUAUUUUCGAGUCAAUUAUAUAUAAUCUGAUCUUCAUAAUUUUCUAAAUAAUAAAUAAAAGAUUAAAUAAAUACUAAACUAAGAUCUGGAUAUAAUACGUUUCAUAAUUCGAAAGUGGCUCGAUAAUUGUACCGGGUUUUCACCUUUAAAUCCAAUCUUCUGUUUCUUUCACGUGCAGUGUAUUUUCCUUACACGAUAUUUUCGAGUAUUUCGCGUGAAAACAGGACCAAAUGCACGAAUAGUUUUUCCACUACGCGAACGAAUAUUCUCAUUUUCGAUUGAUCGAUGCUGUAGAAUUACCAGCGAGAAAGAAAAUUGAAAUAAGGUGACGCGAGUCGAUGGCUCGUAACCGAAGCCGAGGUUAGAGGGCAAGCGGAACGCCGCGAUGUGGACACCGGUCUCCCAUUUCGACGCUGCAAUUAUAAUGAAUCAGCCAGCAAAUGGACAGCGCGGUAGAAACGCGAGCGGAUAAUCAAUAGGUUUGCCAUUGGAAGCAUAGAAUAGCGGGACGGUCGUACGGCUGAGUGGUGUAUUUCAAUCGACCGGAAACGUUAGGAAGCCGUGGUCUGUGGCAAUUUUGCGUUUCGUCCACCGUGCCCGCCGGUGACGCUGUUAAUUUGUUAACUGUUAAUUUGUUCGGGCCGCGGCCAAUCACAUUUCGUCGAAGUGGUUGCAAAAACUUUGGCUCGCUGUAACGGUCGGUCUUUGUCAUUCGAUACGAUAACGGCAAUUAUUUUUGGCCGGCUUGUUUCUGGCUCGUUUGCUUGGCCAGUGACGAAUGAAUUUACUGUUGGCGACGCGAUUGCCUUCUGCACUACUAUGCCGCAGAAGUAACACGUUAAUUCCACUGCUAUCGCGUGCGACUAGUUACGUUUAGUUCCGGAGUUUGUUCGAAAGUAAGUACCGUUUGCAUUGCUGAUAUUACAUCGGAAUGCACGGAACUGGAUUGUGUACCUACCACGAACCAGGGUUCGGUAACAACGAGCUUUGCAAAAACACGCUGUCGAAACGGAAUAGGAUGAAUUUUACUCACAAUUUCACGGUAUUACUCGCUUUGAACCAGCAUCUCCGUUUCCGGAUGCAAGUUACAUACAUUUUUGAAGCGAAGUCUCAAAGGCAAGCAGCUUGUUGUUUUUUGUUCACUAGAAAAUAUUGAAGCGUACGAAGUAGCUGCGGGUUGUAAUUAAAGGAAAAGAACCGCAAAACAGCAAAAACAACGACGCGAAUACGAGUAAGAAGACGACAGCGUGAUGUCGCUUCUCUCUGUCAAAAUGAGAAUAAUGAUGAAUGUAGCCCGGAGUCACAUCGAAAAGAACAUAGCUCCGGCGACUAAUCGCAACUUUCUCUCACGACAGAAAAGACACCAAAGAGGAUGGAUUUCAAAUGUCAGACGCUGAAAGCAUCCCUCCUUCACUGGAUCCAACCCAGAGGGCAACAACGUCGUCAAUCUUUCGAGCUCUGCCUACUAAGCUCCUUAUAAUGGAAGACGAAUGUUAUUUUUAGACCUGACGAUCAAAUACAUUGAUAUGACUAUGGUAUUUGACAAAUGUUGAAUGCAGGCACCGAUCUUGAUUGUAAGUUAAAAAAAUAAGUAAAAGCAAAGAAGUAAGUGUUGUACCUACGCUUCGUAGCAUGUGCUAUAAUUUCCAGUCAAAUACGUAAUUCCUCAGGCACACGUAACCCAAUAGUGUGCAGUAGGAUCAACUUUGGAGCACCCAUGGAAUUUAUUUAUGAAAAAUGCAUAUGCGCCGACAACGAGAGUACCGCAACCGAGUGUCGAUGCAAUAAUAUAUUGUAUACCGUAUACCUUCCACAGGGGAACGAACACUGUGGAAGGUAAACGAUGAGAGAGCAACCAGAAAGAACUGGUGAGCAAAAAAGAUAGAGAAGGAAAAAGGGAUCACGGUAUGACCUAUAUUUGGCCUACGGGUCGCAGGGUAGAGCUAUUGAUUCAGUUCGCUCUUAAACACAGCCUCCGUUUCAUUUCGUUCCAACUCUUUUGCUAUUUCGCGAUUACCGUUCUCUUUGCCACUCUUCCUCUAUCUCUCUCUCUCUCUCUCUCUUUCUCUUUCUCACUCUUUCUUCAUUCUCCUCAAGUUUAUUUAUUGAACGGCUUGUUGCGGUAAUGUUGUACGUCGUGUAUUUUCUUCGACAUCGACGAUGUCAGAACGUAUACAGUUGUUGGUUUGGGCAGUCUAGUAAAAAGUGAAGCGACACGGAAGACAAAACCAACGAAAAAUUCCUCAGUCUUAAACGAGGCGCCGUUUAAACACCUUGCGAUCGUCAUGUUCUUAACUGGCUGAAACUUUACGAAUCUAGUCGGCAACUUGGCAAACAGCACAAGUACUGUUUAUAGUCAUUAAAAGGCAGUGGUGAUAAAAAGGUUAAGUCUUUAGAGCUAUAUAUUAUUCCGUAAAAUAACGGGCUUUCGCUUUUUACGUUUUUCUCGUUUUACGCGACUAACAUACAUAGGAAUUGUAACGAAUCAGUUAAGACUUUUAUACCGAACGAAUGUCAGAAUGGCAAACACUUCGCCGCACUUUUCGCAUUUCAAAUUAUAUCGUUGAAACGACUCUACUGCAUUUCAUUUAGUUAAACUUAGAAACUCCUCGGUGCGGCAUUAUUCUCGCUUCGUGUUAACGUUAAUGAAUAUUUUGAACGCAGCUUAAAUUACUUGGUGACUUGGAAAUUAAAUUCACGAAUAACACAAUAUAUAGUUUUCCUCCUUUGCUUGCGACAUAGAAAACGAUGUCCGGCCUCGAAGUUAAGGAGCAAUUGCCAAAUAAAUCCAAGAAAAUCACUUAACAUCCCCCUGUAUCCUUGGUGGAUUAUUGAAGGAUUUGGCAGCGAGCAUAGUUGAACGUGGCGCGUGACGACGCAUAUUCAUCGACAUUUCUAUCGCUUUCUGUCCUUUGCUUCUCACCGCUUUCUUUCAUCUAAUCUUCUUGCGUCGUCUUAUGGCCAGUUUUUACGUUUCUCUAUCGAGAGCCGCCCCAGAGUUUGUUUUUGGACACGCGUCGAGUUGCGAACACUUGUUGUUGAGAGGGCACCCUUGCGAAACUUUUUCUUCGGAUAUUUUACGGUCGAACACUUUCUCUUCACGUAAAGCAAACUAAAAGUAGGGUUCAAUGCCUGGAGGGCGGAACGACGACUGACUGGAAAUUUCUUCAUACCCAGGAAUAAUUUUUCUCUUUAGAAACAUCCCUAGACAGAAAUUCUUAAUUUCUUUUAGCAACUAACACCACAAGGUAUAUGGUGAUAUUAGAUUUCAUCGAAAUUUAUAUUUAGAUAUUAGAUAUUGUUGUUUUUAAUUCGAUAUAAAUUGACAAUUAGUGAUAUCGAAUUUCAGAGCCUGGUCCGUGUAUAUUCGAGGCAAU